GAAACUCUGAGAAAUGAGAUGGAGAAGUACGAGCGGAUCCGAGUGGUGGGGAGAGGUGCCUUCGGGAUUGUGCACCUAUGCUUGCGAAAGGCUGACCAGAAGCUGGUGAUCAUCAAGCAGAUCCCAGUGGAACAGAUGACCAAGGAAGAGCGGCAGGCCGCCCAGAAUGAGUGUCAGGUCCUCAAGCUGCUCAACCACCCCAAUGUCAUUGAGUACUAUGAGAACUUCCUGGAGGACAAGGCCCUCAUGAUCGCCAUGGAAUAUGCACCAGGUGGUACCCUGGCUGAGUUUAUCCAAAAGCGCUGCAAUUCCCUGCUGGAGGAGGAGACUAUCCUACACUUCUUCGUGCAGAUCCUGCUUGCGCUGCAUCACGUGCACACCCACCUCAUCCUGCACCGGGACCUCAAGACCCAGAACAUCCUUCUUGACAAACACCGCAUGGUUGUCAAGAUUGGUGACUUUGGCAUCUCCAAGAUCCUUAGCAGCAAGAGCAAGGCCUACACGGUGGUGGGUACUCCAUGUUACAUCUCCCCUGAGCUGUGUGAGGGCAAGCCCUACAACCAGAAGAGUGACAUCUGGGCCCUGGGCUGUGUCCUCUAUGAGCUGGCCAGCCUCAAGAGGGCCUUCGAGGCUGCAAACCUACCAGCGCUGGUGCUGAAGAUCAUGAGUGGCACCUUUGCACCUAUUUCUGACCGGUACAGCCCUGAGCUGCGCCAACUUGUCCUGAGUCUGCUCAGCCUGGAGCCUGCACAGCGGCCUUCACUUGGUCACAUUAUGGCGCAGCCCCUCUGCAUCCGUGCCCUCUUCAACCUCCACACUGACGUGGGCAGCGUCCGCAUGCGGAGGGCAGAGAAGUCCCUGACCGGACCUCCCAUGGCCCCUGGCAGCACAGGGAGCAGGACUACCAAUACCCGUUGCAGGGGCUUCCCUCGGGGACCUGUGAGGCCCGCCAUCCCUCCGCCUCUGUCGUCGGUGUAUGCCUGGGGCGGUGGGCUUAGCGCCCCCUUGCGGCUGCCGAUGCUCAACACCGAGGUGGUCCAGGUGGCCGCUGGGCGCACGCAGAAGGCCGGUGUCACGCGCUCUGGGCGCCUUAUCCUGUGGGAGGCCCCGCCCCUAGGCGCAGGUGGAGGCACCCUCCUCCCAGGCGCAGUGGAGCAGCCGCAGCCUCACUUCAUCUCGCGUUUCCUGGAGGGCCAGUCAGGGGUGACCAUCAAGCAUGUGGCCUGCGGGGACCUCUUCACCGCCUGCCUGACCGACCGAGGCAUCAUCAUGACCUUUGGCAGUGGCAGCAAUGGGUGCCUAGGCCAUGGCAGCCUCACUGAUAUCAGCCAGCCCACCAUUGUGGAGGCCCUGCUGGGCUAUGAGAUGGUGCAGGUGGCCUGUGGGGCCUCUCACGUGCUGGCCCUGUCCACAGAGCGAGAACUGUUUGCCUGGGGCCGUGGAGAUGGCGGCAGGCUAGGACUAGGCACCAGGGAGUCCCACAGCUGCCCCCAGCAGGUGCCCAUGCCCCCAGGACAAGAAGCCCAGCGGGUUGUAUGUGGCAUCGACUGCUCCAUGAUCCUCACUGUGCCCGGCCGAGCCCUGGCCUGUGGAAGCAACAGGUUCAACAAGCUGGGUCUGGACCACCUCUCCCUGGGGGAGGAGCCUGGCCCCCACCAGCAAGUGGAGGAGGCCCUGAACUUCACACCACUAGACUCUGCACCCCUGGACCAGCAGCCCCUUCUGUGUGUGGACCUGGGCACUGCUCACUCAGCUGCUGUGACUGCCUCAGGUGACUGCUAUACUUUUGGCAGUAAUCAGCAUGGGCAGUUGGGCACCAAUGCUCGCCGGGGCAGCCGGGCACCCUGCCAGGUCCAAGGCCUCGAGGGCAUCAAGAUGGCAAUGGUGGCUUGUGGGGAUGCCUUCACCGUAGCUAUUGGGGCAGAGGGCGAAGUGUACUCUUGGGGCAAAGGGGCCCGAGGUCGGCUAGGAAGGAAGGAUGAGGAUGCUGGAUUCCCUCGGCCAGUGCAGCUGGAUGAGAUGCACCCUUACACCGUGACUUCUGUGUCCUGUUGCCAUGGAAACACUCUCCUCGCUGUUCGUCCGGUCACAGAUGAGCCAGUCCCACCCUGAGGCACCUGCACACUACUCUGGACCACCCUGAUAAAUGCUUCUCCUCUGAACGUUCUGAAAAGUGCAGAUGCCUGAGGCAUAACUAUCCCCACCAGCCCCCUGGAUUGUGUCAU